GAAGCAGUUGUUGUCCCUAGAAUAGCUGCCGUGGACACAGAACGUACAGACAGAGCUAUAGAUAGAAGGAACGCAUUUCCCCGGGACGCCGGCGGCAUUCCUAGCACUUACACCGAGCAAGUUAUACGUGCGGCUUCUGGGACACUGCAGGACCUGCGACUCUGGUGUUAAAACAGUCGGGGGAGGAGACGCAAAGGAAAGUUAAAGGGAAAAGGCAGGCUGCCCAGGCGCAGAAAGAAGCCGCCGACGAGGAAGGCCGGGCGCCGUGAAGGGCAAAGGGAGGGGCGGCGGCAGCCGAGGCAGGGCCGAGGCCGCUGUGUGAGUGGCAGAAAGCUUCUCCGUGACUCCGCCUCGCGCCGGUGCCCGAGGAGACCCUCGAUCCCCACGGGGCCUCGAGGGCACACAGCCGAGGUGGGAGCUGACAAGUCCCCUCGCCCACUUCCGGGAAUCUCCGCACCUGCUCGCCCCAACCGCUAGUCUCGCGAGAGUCCGGUCGCGGGCUGCCCGGGUGUAGGAGGUGGCUGAGGACCAGGCGGCGGGCUGCCUUUUUUCUCGCCCGGAGGAAGCAUAAUUGAAACAAGCUUGGCUGUGGGGCACUGCAAAGAGUUUUCAAUGUUCUGGAGGUCAAAAGUCCAAAAUCGAUAUCACUGGGCCAAAGUCAAGAUGUUGGCAGAAGCACACACCCUCCACAGGCUCUAGAUGGCAGUUCCUGGAUUUACCCUUGGUGCCUUCAUACUUCUGUUGCUCGUUAGUUCUGUGGCUAAUUAUCCCAAUGGAAAGGUAACGAAGUCAUGCCGUGGAAUGAUUCCUAAACAUGGUCAAACUCCACGGUCUGAUCCCGCUUGCCACAUCUUAGUGAGUCAGAUGACAUUCAGGCCAGGAGAUCAGAUCAAAGUUACUUUGUCAGGGCCAACAUUUAAAGGCUUUCUCUUAGAAGCACGUGAUGCUGAGAAUUUGAGUGGCCCUCCUAUUGGCUCCUUCACACUGAUUGACAGUCAAGUAUCACAGCUUCUGACCUGUGAAGAUAUACAGGGAUCAGCUGUGAGUCACACAAGUCCAUCCAAAAAAACAGAAAUUAAAGUCUAUUGGAAUGCUCCAAGCAGUGCCCCAAAUCACAUAAAGUUUCUAGCCACGGUUGUUGAGAAGUACAAAAUCUACUGGGUGAAGAUUCCUGGUCCUAUAAUUUCACAACCAAACGUCCUUCCUUUUACAACACCUAAAGCUACAAUAGCACCUAUGCCAACAUUACCUCCAGUCUCCCAUUUAACCAAAUUAUUCAAUGCUUCAGAUUGUGGGAACAAGAAGUUUUGUAUUAGGAGUCCUUUGAACUGUGACCCGGAGAAGGAGCUUGCCUGUGUCUUCUUAUCCUUCACACGAGAUGCCAAGUCAGUGAUGGUUGAAAUGAGCGGUCCCAGUAAAGGCUAUUUAUCCUUUGCAUUUUCUCACGACCGAUGGAUGGGUGAUGAUGAUGCUUAUGUGUGUAUUCUUGAAGAUCAGACUGUGAACAUACAACCUUCCCAUCUGACAGGGCGAAGUCAACCUGUAAUGGACUCAAGGGAUCCUCUUGAGGAUAUGGCUUGGAGGUUGGCGGAUGGUGUUAUGCAGUGUUCUUUCAGAAGAAACAUUACCCUUCCUGGGGUUAAGAAUAGAUUUGAUCUAAAUGCAAGCUACUACAUAUUUCUAGCAGAUGGUGCAGCUGAUGAUGGUCAGAUUCAUAAGCAUUCUCAGCAACCUUUGAUUACAUAUGAAAAAUACAAUGUGACAGGCUAUCCAGAGAACAUAGGAGGAUCCCAUUCUUUACUCCUUCUGAAGGUUCAUGGCGCCUUAAUGUUUGUGGCAUGGAUGACUACUGUUAGCGUAGGUGUACUGAUUGCCCGGUUCUUCAAACCUGUUUGGUCAAAGGCUUUAUUUGGUGAUGCAGCUUGGUUUCAGGUACAUCGAAUGCUCAUGCUUACUACUUCUGCCCUCACUUUUACUGCUUUUCUUCUGCCUUUUAUUUACAGAGGAGGCUGGAAUUGGCAUGCAGGUUAUCACCCAUACCUUGGUUGUAUAGUGAUGAUUUUAGCAGUUCUUCAGCUUCUUUCGGCAGCCUUCAGACCACCUUUACAUGACCCAAGAAGGCAAAUGUUUAACUGGACUCAUUGGAGUAUGGGAACAACUGCUAGAAUAAUAGCAGUGGCAGCAAUGUUCCUGGGAAUGGAUUUACCAGGAUUGAAUCUUCCUGGGCCAUGGAAAACCAAUGCAAUGAUUGGAUUUGUAGCCUGGCAUGUUGGGACAGAGAUUGUUCUGGAGGUACACACUUACCGACUCUCUAGAAAAGUUGAAAUAUUGGAUGAUGAUAGAAUUCAGAUCCUCCAGUCAUUUACUGCAGCUGAAGCAGAAGGUUAUGCUUUUAAAAAGGCAGUGUUAGCAAUUUAUGUCUGUGGGAAUUUGACUUUUCUCACUAUGUUCUUAUCUGCAAUCAACCAUCUAUGAGCGAGCGAAGACCUUGGCUUUUGCAGACCAGGUGAUAAUUAUCAUCAAGCCAAAAAACCUGAUGCCUGUACCGACUGCCUGGAGCGUAUUCAUGACUUCUAAUUAGGAAGACCAGGCCAUGUCUAUAGAGAAAUUCCGACGUCUGGUCUUUAGAGAUCAACAUUCACUAGGGUCCUAUGGGCUAUAAACUGAUGUCAAGCUUUUAUGUAUUAUUCUGAGUCUUAAAGGGAAGAUUGUACUUGAGGAGAAAUGACUCAAAUAUUUUUUAUGCUGAAAUUUUAAGAAUGUUAGCAUGUAAGAAAAGAACUGUUUGGAAAAACAAAAAAGGUGUCAUAGGAUAAAAUGCAGAUAGUAUUAAGGUAAAUAUAUUUUGGACUAUAAAGGUGCUGUGGUACUUUAAAGAAAACAUUUAUUUUUACUAGUUUAUCUGAAUGGUCUUUCUUAGGAUGUUUUUCCCCUUCCCCCUUUUCUUAAAAAUUUUUUAGAAACAUGUUUUUCAGUCCAGUGUUUUGGACAUAUCCUUUGUUUCAUGUAUUUUGUUACUUCCCUGGUAAAGGUGAAAGUAGGGCUAACACCAUUUCAUUAACAUUUAAAUAUAUUAUUAAUAUUAUAAUUUAUU